CGCCCCCGACUUUUUCUCCAGGAGCAAAAGACAGACGGAAGAAGCUGGCCCGGAACGGAGCUUUCUGGGAGUUGCCGCUGAGGCCGGGGGAUGCCUUUAGGGACGCGGUGGGAUCUGGGGUCCUGAGGCCGCCGGCAGACUAUGGGUACAACGGCAAGCACAGCCCAGCAGACAGUCUCGGCUGGCUCCUCCUUAGAGGGCCUGCAGGGCAGCAGUACCAUGGAUGGAAGGCAUUCGCUCAGUGUGCAGUCCUUUCACACCACAAGCUUGCACAACAGCAAGGCCAAGUCCAUCAUCCCCAAUAAGGUGGCCCCCGUCGUGAUCACGUACAAUUGCAAGGAGGAGUUCCAGAUCCAUGAUGAGCUGCUCAAGGCCCAUUACAGGAUGGGCAGGCUCUCAGAUGCCACCCCUGAGCACUACCUAGUGCAGGGACGCUAUUUCCUGGUGCGUGACGUCACUGAGAAGAUGGACAUGCUGGGAACCUUGGGGAGCUGUGGGGCUCCCAACUUCCGGCAGGUGCGGGGUGGGCUCCCUGUGUUUGGCAUGGGACAGCCCAGCUUCUUAGGAUUCAGGAGGGUCCUGCAGAAACUCCAGAAGGACGGGUACAAGGAGUGUAUCAUCUUCUGUGUGCGGGAGGAGCCUGUGCUGUUCUUGCGUGCCGAGGAGGACUUCGUGUCUUACACACCUCGAGACAAGGAGAGCCUUCAUGAGAACCUCAGGGGUCCUGGGCCGGGGGUCAAGGCUGAGAGCCUGGAGCUGGCCAUCCGGAAAGAGAUCCACGACUUUGCCCAGCUGAGAGAGAACACGUACCAUGUGUACCACAACACAGAGGACCUGCGUGGGGAGCCGCACACCGUGACCAUCCGAGGUGAGGAUGAUGUGCACGUGACCGAGGAAGUGUAUAAGCGGCCGCUGUUCCUGCAGCCCACCUACAGGUAUCAUCGUCUCCCCCUGCCAGAGCAAGGGGCCCCCCUGGAAGCCCAGUUCGAUGCCUUUGUCAGUGUCCUCCGGGAGACCCCCGGCCUUCUGCGGCUCCGAGAUAACCACGGGCCUCCCCCUGCUCUCCUGUUCAGCUGCCAGUCAGGUGUGGGCAGGACCAACGUGGGCAUGGUCCUGGGUACCCUCGUGCUGUUCCACUGCAGUAGAACCACCUCCCAGCCAGAGGCUGCCUCCUUGUUGACCAAACCCCUGCCCAUGGAGCAGUUUCAGGUGAUCCAAGACUUCAUUCACAUGGUGCCCCAGGGAAGGAAGAUGGUAGAGGAGGUGGACCGAGCGGUCACUGCCUGUGCAGAGCUGCACGACCUGAAGGAAGAGGUCCUAAGGAACCAGAAGAAGCUGGAGAGCAUCGGGCCAGAGAGCCCCACGCAGGAAAGUGGUAGCCAGCAUGCUGCCCAGCAGAGGGCGCUGCGGAGCUUGGAGCUGUACUUCUACCUGAUCCUAUUUAACUACUAUCUGCAUGAGCAGUACCCCCUGGCCUUUGCCCUCAGUUUCGGUCGAUGGCUGUGUAUCCACCCUGAGCUGUACCGUCUGCCCGUGCUGCUGAGUUCAGUGGGGCCCAUGGCCCCUGAGGACCUGAUCGCCAAGGGCUCCCUGGAAGCUGAUGAUCUUGUUUCCCCGGAUGAGCUCAGCACUGUCAGAGAGAUGGAUGUGGCCAACUUCCGGCGUGUACCUCGCAUGCCUAUCUAUGGCACCGCCCAACCCAGUGCCAAGGCCCUAGGUGGCAUCCUGGCCUACCUGUCUGAUGCCAAGAGGAAACUACGGCAGGUGGUCUGGAUCAACCUGAGGGAGGAGGUUGUACUGGAGUGUGAUGGGCACAUACACAGCCUCUGGCCACCUGGACCGACCCUGGCCCCUGAGCAGCUGGAGGCCCUUGAGACCCAGCUGAAGGCCCACCUGAGUGCUCCUGCUCCCAACACGAAGAACCCUACCACCCCCAGGUUCCAGAAGUGCCUGACCACUCAGGAGGUCUUCAGCCAGCACCAGGGGACCUGCCUUGGCCUUACCUACCACCGCAUUCCUAUGCCAGACUUCUGCGCCCCCCGGGAGGAGGACUUUGACCGACUGCUUGAGGCCCUGCGGGCUGCUCUCGCCAAGGACCCAGGCACAGGCUUUGUCUUCAGCUGCCUUAGUGGCCAGAGCCGGACCACGACUGCCAUGGUGGUGGCCGUGCUGACCUGCUGGCACAUUGGGGGCUGCCCUGAGGUGGGCGAGGAGGAACUAGUGAGCGUGCCUGAUGCCAAGUUCACCAAGGGCGAAUUUCAGGUGGUGAUGGAGGUGGUCCAACUGCUGCCCGAUGGCCACCAUGUGAAGAAGGAGGUGGAUGCUGCCCUGGACACCGUCAGUGAGACCAUGACGCCGAUGCACUACCACCUUCGGGAGAUCAUUAUCUGCACCUACAGACAGGCAAAGGCCACCAAAGAGGCGCAGGAGGCUCGGAGGCUGCAAUUGCGGAGCCUGCAGUACCUGGAGCGCUACAUCUACCUGAUUCUCUUUAACGCCUACCUCCGCCUGGAGAAGGCCAGCUCCUGGCAGAGGCCCUUCAGCACCUGGAUGCGGGAGUUCUGCCCCAUCUCUGCCCUCUCCAGGUGGCAACCAAAGCUGGCAUCUACGAGAUCCUCAACCAGCUGGGCUUCCCCGAGCUGGAAAGCACAGAGGACCAGCCCCUGUCGAGGCUCCGCCACCGGUGGCAGGAGCGGAGCCGAGACCCCGAGCCCUGUGACGCUGGGGCCUUCCUGUAGGCCACCUGUCUUGCUCCUUGCCAGGCAGACUGGGGGCCUGAGGUUCUCACUGCUUCAGAUGAACACUUGCCAGCUUUCUGGAGAGAUUAAGGGGCUAAGAGUCUUCCAAAGGAGGUUUUUGUUGGGUGUAUAGACUGCACAGCUGUUCUGUGUAAGCCCUUGGGGUGUGUAAUGGCCUCUGGCGAGGCCCAGCAUGUGUACCUCACAGACCAGCAGGGAGCUCGCUCCCCACACAGCCAGUCACCACCGCUGUCUUCUUCACAGUUGGUCAUCAGAUGGCCUAAGUGGGCAUCAGGCUGGCCGUGUUUGCUUUUUCACUGCCUUCCUCCGGCUGGCUUGCUCUUGCUUCUCAAUCUUUUAGCCUAAGCAGCUGCUGAGGCAGGCGAGGGGGGUGAACUGGGCAGGUCCAUGUUAAAGGCAGCUCUGCCCAGCUCCUCCUGGCUCGUGAGUAUUGCCAGCCCGGAAGACAAGGAGGAUGCCUCCGUCUCUCUUGCCUUCCUUUCCCCUCUUCCUUCCCUAGGCUGGCAGAGGUUCCCGGGAGUUGGAAACAUCAGGGAGAUCUUCCCAGUGUGGGGAAAGAGCCUGUGGAGGCCAGUGAGGGAGUGAGGAGGGGUAUCAAGGCUGACUGUUGGGAGAGACUCGUGGACAGUGGAGGGUGGGACAGGGCCAUGGUGGCUCGUCGGGCCUCAGAUUCCAGGCCCACCCUUGCCAGGAUCCCCGAGCUGCUUCCUCGGGACACGGCUGAGUUAUGAGCAGUAUUGUUCACACAGGAAGAAGGUGCACAUGGAGGGCUGUGUUUGGUGAGUCUUGGCUGGGAUUGCAGUUUGCCGCAUCCAGCGGUUGCACACCUGGGAGCCUGGCUACCUAUCUGACUCUCUGGGGACAGGGAUGAGUCCCUGGGCUCCUGUCCUUCAGCAGGAAGAUGGAAGGACCUGUCAGCUGUUAGCUAUAAUAGUCAAAGAGGCCAAAGUUGUUUCCAGCCCUGGGGAAGUAGUGACCCUCCUCGCCGACUCCUUUUGUGAGCUGCUGUAUGUCUGUUCACGGCCUCUCGGGUUUGCUGGUGUCUGUUUUCUACGUGUCAGUUAUUUUCAGAGAAGUAGCCACGGAGUCAGAGGCCAGAGAGGGCCCCUUCACACUCUCAUGCUUGGCACUGACUAGGGGAUAUGCUGGGACCACUGGCGGAUCACUGUACCUCUCUGCCUCAGUUUCCCCAUCUGUAAAAUGGGAGAAUAAUACUUGCCUACCUACCUCACAGGGAUGUUGUGAGGAA